CUCCUCCUCCUCCUCCUCCUCCUACAAUCUCGCUCGCAUCCUCCUCACCUUUGAGGCUUGCCCAUCUGCCUCUCCUCCAAUCGAUCAAUUCGGCCCAGCUCACAUCCUGCAUCGCACUUCAUCAACUGGGGGCCAACAUCUCACCUCACUCACACACAUCCACACACCACUCGACCAACACUAUUCCGUCGCCGCCGCAUUAUGUGUCUGCAACCAAACGACCUACGACAGAAGAUAUCAUAAAGCUAGCUCUCCCCAAACAACUUUCAACAACAUUCCGCCAAAUACAAUCUUGAAGCCAUCACACAAUUCACUUCUCAAGCUAGUCAACCACCCAGUAUCAAUAUAUACAACCACCCUCUCCCCCUACUCCUCCACCCCCACCAGAUACCUAUGCCCGUCUACAACAAUUACAUCUCGGUCCCUAGAUUCAAGCGCAUCGGCUAUCACAUCAAGUCGACCAGAACCAUUUCCACCACCUCGGUGUUCAACCUCGAAUCCGGCGAAAUGAUCAUGCCCAGCCUGUCGAGGCGCAAGUUCGCGCAGAAAUCCAAGUCCGAGUCAGCAAAGAGCUCCAAGUCCAGUCUGAAGAGCUCGCCUGACUCGGCGAUCGACUUGAAGAUUGAGUCGCCGCCGCUGGUGCUCUACGGACCACCCAAGGAAUCGAGCGGCGCGCUGCUCUCGGGUCUGAUUCACAUUGACAACGAGCAGGGGAAGGAGUGGGAGAGCUUCACCAUGACGCUGCUGGCCGAGACGUUGAACAAGAGACCGGUACAUGGCGCCUGCUCGGAUUGCGCCACGCAGGUCGAUGUCAUCAACCGGUGGACGUUCAUCUCCGCUACCACAACCGCCAGCGCUCGUAGAGACCUCCUACUCAGCUAUCCGUUCAGCUACCUGCUUCCAGGCCAUCUCCCCGCCUCUAAUGACAACGCUCUUUCGAGGAUAAGCUACACGUUGGUGGCCCGUGCCAUCGCCGCCGACGGUGACGAAGUCCAGUUCAAGAAAUCCAUCACAGUCGAGCGCUCGAUCCUGCCAGGUCCCGACCGCCACUCGGUCCGCGUCUUCCCACCGACCACCCUCUCGGCAACCCUCAAGCUCCCCUCGGUUGUCCACACCGGCAGCGACUUCGCCAUCGACGUGCGGCUCGACGGCAUUCUUAACAAGGCUAAGAACACGCGAUGGCGCCUGCGCAAGGUCAACUGGCGGAUCGACGAGAACUCAAAGGCGGUGUCCCCGGCGUGCAAAUACCACAGCGCUAAGCUCGGUGGUGCCGGCAAGGGCGUGGCCCACGAGGACAUCCGGACGGUCGGCUUCGGCGAUAUCAAGACCGGCUGGAAGUCGGAUUUCGAGUCGGCCGACGGCAAGAUCGAGCUCGAGAUCAUGGCGGGAAUUCCAGCACACACCAAGGCCGCGUGCCAGCUCGACGCCGCCAAUGGCUCGACGGUGGAGCACAUCUUGGUCGUUGAGAUGAUCGUGGCCGAGGAACACAAGCCCGCCGGACCGAGCAGACUGGUCACCCCGACCGGUGCCGCGAGAGUCCUCAGGAUGCAGUUCAAGCUUGUGGUCACGGCGCGCAGCGGUCUCGGCAUCAGCUGGGACGAAGAGGCCCCGCCAAUGUACGAGAACGUCCCGGCCGCACCCCCCAGCUACGGCAUUCCCGACUCGCGCACCUCGUUCUCAUACGCCGCCAUUCCUCCGCCGCUCGCGCAGAUGCUCAACGGCGUCUAAUGAGCUGCUCAUAUGGGGCCUCUCUCUCUCUCUCUCUCUCUCUCUCUCUCUAUCUCUCUCUCUCUCUCUAUCUCUCUCUCUCUCUCUCUCUCUGUUUCUUUCCUUCUGAAUUCCAUGUCCGGACGUUUUUUUUCCCAUCGGGUGCAUUGGCUGGCGUAGUUAGCGGGGGCAGGGGCACUGGGGCAGGGGCAACAAGGCGUUAACAUGAUUGACAUUUUUCUUUUCUUUCCCUUUUCUUUCUUCUCUUUCUUCAUCUUCCUGUGCACUUUACCAUAAGCGAACGGGAUUUCUUUUCUUUUCUUCUUUUCCUUGCUAGCUACGAUUUCCUUUGUUACAUACCGUACCGGCAGGCGGACAGGAUAGGACAGGCAACAGGCGCAUCAUGGGGUUCCGAUUUUUUUUCUUUCUUCUGUACUAGUACAUAGCAUACAUAUGAUGGUUUACAUCACGAUUUGAGGGGA